UCUAUUUUUAGAUUAUCACAUGUACAGAAUCCCCAAUAAGCACAAUUCAGCCAAUCAGAUCAUUGCGUUCACAUGAUUUUCAAACCCAAAAUGGCUGCCUCCAGGGUUCGAGAUGGUGAGCCAUUGAGUAUCGUGUCCAAAAUCUGGCCCAACAAGUUUCAGGCACAGUGUGAAUCAAGAUCGGAACCAACUUCGACACAAUGGAUCAAAAGAGCUGACACAGAAAGACUGAGAGAAAUUUUUAUGAAGUAUGCCAGUGUGGAAGUCAAAGGAGAGAAGUACAUGUCGUACAGUGAUUUCAUCAGGAAAUACCUGGGCAUGUUACCAGAAGAGAACCACAAUGAAGAAACCUUGAGAUUACUGGGCAAUGUCGUGGACACAACCAAGGAUGGGAAGAUUUCCUUCACGGAGUUCCAAGCAUUUGAAGCUCUUCUCUCACUGCCUGAUGCCAUGUACGAGCUUGCUUUUCAAUUGUUUGACACCAAUGGUACAGGGGCUGUGUCUUAUGACGAGUUUGAACAGGUCCUGAGCCAUACUACACUUCAUCAAUAUAUUCCCUUUGACUUUAAGACAGACUUUGUCAACUUGCACUUUGGCAGGGACAAGAGGAGGGAAGUGAGCUAUGCAGAGUUUACCCAGAUUUUACAUGAUUUUCACGAAGAACAUGCUCUGCAGGCAUUUAGGAGGUUUGACGUAGACCACACGGGGUUUAUCACACCUCUGCAGUUCUACGAUAUCCUGACUUCACUCAAGAGCCAUCUUCUGACACCUGCUGUGAAGGAGAAUGUAGUGGCUGUAACUUGCAGGGCCAAAGGUUCAAAGGUUGCUGGAAGUGACAAAGCCCACAAAGUCAGCUUCCCAUACUUCACCGCCUUCAUCUCCUUACUGAACAACAUGGAGCUAGUCAAGAAAGUCUACUUGGUCACUACAGGAGGAAAUAAAAAGGCCACACUUACAAAAGAGGAACUUCUCCACGAGUGUCAGUACUAUACUCAGCUGACCCCUCUAGAGGUGGACAUUUUGUUCCAGUUAGUGGAUGUCCUGGGGCAGCAGGGACGGGUUUCCUGGAAAGAACUAGAUGCUUUAGCACCAUUAGAUAUAGAAAAAAUGCCAUUUAGCCAACAGUCAAUUAAGGUAAGAGGGAGGAACACGGAACAGCCUGGGUUAUCUAAUU